AACUGAACAAAAAUCAAACGUAACAAAGAUUAUAGAGAGAGAAAAAAAACAUGACAAACCUAACUCACUCUUUGCUCUUCUUCUCCUGUUCCUUAUCUCUAGUUAUAUGUGUGGCCAUUGCAGGAAGUAGACCUGCUCAUGGUCCAGCUUAUUUAAACCCAUCUGCUUUUUCUCCAGAAGCUUACGAUUUCUUUCACCCAAAAUCAUCACUACCUGACAAUAAUUCACCAAGAAACUCGCAUUCUUUGCCAUUUCUUUCACCUUCACCUUCACCUUCACCUUCAAUGACAUCUAAUGUAGAAGCUGAUACACAAGGAAGUAAAGUUUCAUCAGACGAACACAUAGGUGAUAGUAGAAGAGAAGAAGGACGAGGUGAAACCGUUGGAAUAGUGUUAGGCGUUUCUUUCACAGCUCUUCUUUUAAUGGGAGUUUACUUUGUGAUCAAGAAACGACUAGCUAAUUUAACCCGCACGAUUGUAAUCCACUCUGAUGCUUGAUCAAGAAUAUGUCAUUAUCAAGUAAUUAAUUA